AUGGAGUCCCCGCAGAUGUACGACGCGGCGGCAGCGCCCCCGCCGCCACCGCAGCCCGACCUCAAGAAGACGGUGGACGACAAGAGAACACCCUUCCCUCCUCCCGACCUAGACGAGCUCAAUGGACAGGAAAUCAGCUUGGAUUUGCAACACCUCAUCGAGGACCAGUUCCGGGGGGAGGAGACCAUGGCCCUCUUCCAGGAGAUACUUCCCGGUGGCCGCUCUCCGCAGCCCAGACAGAGUUUUGCUAGAACGACGUUAGCGUAUAUGCCCCAGCCAGUGCACUCGGGAGCCUCGUACGCUGCUCCAGUCCAGCCCAACUCGGGACAUGAACAAGCGCCGCCGAUCAAGGAGGAACCACCAGAGCCUCAUGAUUUUAGGAGAUCAGUGACAUGUGCACAGUAUACUGGCCAGUAUAACCCUCAGCCACCGGUUGGUGUGAGUGGUCCGUACGGUGGAGGAUUUACACCUUUGCCACCUUUAGGCGCACCGUUACUCCCUCCUCUCCUGAAACACAAGCCUGCACCAGCGCGACGCUCGUCAGGUAAAGUGAUAGACAAAGGCACAGACGAGUACAGGAGGCGGCGUGAGCGCAACAAUAUAGCUGUGAGGAAAUCCCGUGAAAAAGCAAAAGUGCGUUCCAGAGAAGUGGAGGAAAAAGUGAAAACGUUGCUUAGAGAGAAAGAGGCGCUGCUAAAGAGGCUGGAGGCUGUGUCGGGAGAGUUGAGCCUACACAAACAGAUGUACGUGCAUCUAAUCAAUCUGAAUCAUCCAGAGAUCACGGAGCUUUGCCGAUCGAUGCUGCAACUUGGUGCCCCUCAUGCGCCAGAUCAUACGCUUUGACCAUAGACGGAGUCAAGAUGGCGGCGCGGUACCUUCGUGUCACGUGUGCAUUAACUAAAAUUAAUUUAUAAGUGACUCCCUUUUGAAAAACUUUUAGUUAGCGAAAUUAUUUUGUGAUUUUUACCGUUUACUUUUUAUAUAAAUAUACCAGGAUAGCAUAGUUUGUAAGGUAGUUUGCAAAAGAUUAAAAAAUGACGCAGAAACGGAACUUCUUUGUCAUUUUUUGACGUUCAGGGAUCGUGUUUGGUUCGUUACUUAUUUUAAGAAGUGGCGUUUCUCAAUUAGUUAUUAUUUAAUCUUUUGAUAUUGAACUUAUUCUGACAAUGGCGCGUCCUAGCUACCUAGUAGUGAUCUCAAAUAAUGUGGCGAGGAUUCGCGCAAGCUCACACAAUCACUGCCAUUGAGCCUCGAAAAUGUUCUUUAAAACAACAUCGGUUAAGUCUGAUUUAAUUUGCGAAGGCUGCUGUAGUUUUAUUUUAAUUGGACAGUCAUUUUUUUUAUUCAUUAAUUGUGUCUAUCUCCAGAAGUUUGGAACCGAAUGUUGGUUGUGUCGUGAAAUCAAUUUGAAGCCAAUUUUAAUGCUUAAACAAUCUAUUUGUAUAUCUUCCAUAUAGAGUAGCCAAGAAUUGACGAUUAAGUAAUUUUACUAUACCUACAUAGAAUUUAUACGAUUUUAUACGGUUUAGUAAAACAAGUAUUGU